UUGUGUAUUAUUUUAGAUAAAUUAUAUUUUGUGAACCGGUAGUGGCAACCUACGCCUUGGAGUGGUUCCCAGACUUUCAUGUCUUCCGCCAUAUAUUUCUGUGGAUGUAUUAGUACUCGUAUAGGAAUAUUCAUUAUCCUCUAAAGAUAUAUAUUAUCUAUAUGUACGUAAUAAUGGCUGGAUUUGGGCUGUUGGUAUAAUUUACUCAUUUUUGGUUGUCUUGACCUCAGCAGUCAACAUCACUCUCCCAGGGGUUUUGUACUAGACAUUAGGGGGAGAAAUACCCGGUGAUUUCGAUUGUAUCAAAUUAGCAACUUCCUUCAAUCACGGUUUGGUGUUUACAAAAAUUGUGGCUGGAAUUACUUAGCUGACAUACAGGUUCGUUUGGGACAAGACAGGUACAAAUAGAGAUUAUUCUAUAUCUAAGCGUCGCUGAAUUUUUAACAAAGAUCAGACGAUGGAAUAAGGCUUCAUACGUUCAAACACCGAAACGCAUCGAUUCAUUCUGGGUUUGACGAGAAAUCUCAAGCAGCAAAAGAAAGGAGAAGAAUGUCAGAUCAAACGUUGCCAUCAUGAACAUGGCUGAAUCAAGACCACGUCCUCAACCAAAGCCAAGACCCCGGCAAAUUUUACCGCCAGAAAAAAAUCGUUCAUCAACAAAUGUCAGUCCCAACCUCCCACGGUCUGAAGGCAAGCCACCACCUAUUACAAAGCCUAAACCAGCUGGUUACAAACAACUCGAUUUCAAAAAUGAUUUUUUAGUCAGUAUUACAACUGAUAUAGAUAUAGGCGAUGAUUCAGAACAAAAUAAUUCGGUGGGUAAUGGCAUUUUUGAAAAGAAUAAUAAUGUUCCAAAUUUGAAACAUGGGAAUAAUACGGUUUUGACCAGAAAUGGAUUAAGUGAGAAGGAUAAAGAUUCCUCUUCCUUUGGUGAAAAAUACAGAAAACCCUUACCACUUUUACCUAAUGAAAGCCCGGCAAUUGUGGAUGAUGAAAUCAUCUCAAGUACUGUGGAAGAAGAGUUGGCAAAACCUACUAUUGAUAUGUCAAAAUUACCAAAGAAGCCUCCCAGGCUACAUAUCUCAUCUUCUGAUACGCAACUUGUUUCAAAGCAUAAUACCGGAGAUUUGAAAGGAACGAGUUCUGUAUUUUUUGACGAUUUAAAUGAUUCUACUGCAAAUACAAAGCGUGUUCCGCCUCUGCCAAGGAAGCCGACGUGUUUACGAAAGUUUGUAGAACCAAAAGAAGCUUUGACUAGUACUUUUUAUACAGACGCAAAGGAAAGCGAAGGAAGUUCGCCGGAAAAUCAAAAUGCAACUCCUAAGGAGAGAUCGAAAAUGCACACACACUCGGACUCUCAGCUGGAACAAUCACACAAACCUAUUUCGUAUCUGAAACCAAAGACUAAAAACAUUGCAGCUGGUUGCACGCCACCGUUGCCAAGGAAACCGGUUAGAAGGCAACCACCAGUGCCUAAUCAAGUGACAGAUUCAGUGAAAAAGGAAUGCCUUGAAAUCGCAGAGAAUAAUAGAAAGAUUGUUAGUAGUAACAUUGGCGGGAGUAAUAGUCGACCACCACCGGAUAGGAGGCGAAUCUCGAUGCCUCCUUCAUUUGAAAAAAGAACCGAUAUAAAAAUCGAUGAUAAAAGGCGAUCUAGUGAGCCUGUUCAAACAGACUCAAGUAUACAAACAAAAAGCUUAAAGGAAGAUGAAACAGAAAAUGAAAAAACUCUUCAAACAAAAAAGUCAGCGCUGCAUCGACAAAAACUUUUAUUUAACCGCCCACCGCCACCUCUCACCAAUCAAGGACCCACCCGAAGGCCCCCUCCUAGUUUACCAAAGCGACCGUCUCUCGAAGGAAAACGGCGAUCUGAACCCCCACCGUUACCAAAUGCGCCAAGACCUUUGUCUAUAAUUCGGGGGAAUGCAAUGAAAUUGAAAAGGUUUAGCAGGUCACAGUCUGAAGGGGAUCUUUUUGACUCCGCUGUGGAAGAAGAUUCUAUAUAUAGCGAAGCUUACGAGCAUUUUCAGGACCCUGUAAAGUCGGUUCACACUGAAAACAAUAAUAGUAGCGAUGAGGCCGAAUACGAGAGCCCCGAUAGAAAAGUCGUUGAGGAGUUUAUGCAAGCAAGACAGCCAAAAUCGGAGCCGAGUCCAGUAGGGAAAGAAAAUCUCAAGAAUGAAGGAAAAGAAAAGUUGAAAUUAAAACGACUGGAAUCGACAACGUAUUCGUCAAGUUCAGACGACUCUGAGCAUGAAUAUGUGGAGCCUGCUUCUCCAUUACCCGAGAAGAAAAUAAACAAUAAAGUUUCACCUUCUCCUACAAACACUGUCAGCUCCGGUGGAUCUAGUAAUUAUGUUCAAGCCAUACACGUUUCCGAAUUGUCACAAACUGAUGGCGAUGCUGAAUCUGAAUCUACUACGGGAAAAUACGAAUUCAAGCCAUUUAAUGAUAUGGACAGUGAGUGGGCACAAACGAAAGUGAUUGACUGGGAGUACGAAGGUGAAAGUACUGAUUCAGAGGCAAGUUACGUUGAACCAGAUGGAGUUGAUGAUCUUGAUGAUUUAGAUGACGAAGAUGACGAAGCUUUCACAGAAGAACCUUUGUAUCAAGUAUACCAAGCAGUUGUGUUUGAAAAGGAGAGGACGUUGAGCUUAAAACGAGGGAAGAAAGGGAGCAGCGCUAGCUGUAUUUCCCCUGCACGUGGACGAGCGUUUACCUUUGGCACAGGAACUUUACGUGGAGGAAAGAUGUUGUGGUCUCAGUUACCUGAAGUCCGCAAUACAGGCUUACUGGAUAAUGUGACUGCCGAGCAACGCAAGCAACAAGAGGCAAUAUUCGAAGUGAUAUCAUCUGAAGCGUCUUACUUGAAGAGCUUGAACUUACUCGUAGAUCAUUUUCUCAAAUCACCGGCGUUUUCCUCUGAUUCAAACGAUCCUGUCUUGAGCAAACACGAAGUUUCUGAAUUGUUUUCAAAUAUUAUGGAAGUUGUUAAUGUCAGUGAAAGAUUUUUAGACGAGUUACGGUCACGCCAAAGGCAGUCAGUCUUGAUCGAAAGUAUCAGUGAUAUUAUAACAGACCAUGCAACCAAUAACUUCCAAGCAUACGUAACAUAUUGUUCUAAUCAGUAUAAACAAGAUAGAGCUUUGACAAAUUUAAGGAAAACGAAUUUGAAGUUUUCUGAAGCUAUGGAUAAACUGGAACGCGAUUCUCGAGUUUUUGGUUUAUCGCUGCAGUCAUUCUUGGUCCUCCCAAUGCAAAGAGUUACCAGAUAUCCUUUAUUGGUGGAUGCGAUUGUUCGUCGUUGUGAACCUGGACACAAGGAAUACUACAAAACGGAUGGAGCUUUGAAAGCUGUAAAUCAGGUUGUACAUAAAUGCAACGAGGGAGCAAGGAAGGAGGAACGAAAAGAGGAAAUGAUACAAAUCGAUAAGAUCAUCGCUUUUAUGAAAAUGAAUCCAAUCAAAUUAGUCACAGACGAUCGUUGGUUGCUUCGUCGUGGCCCAAUUCAGCUGCUUGAGGUUGAGAGUAAAUCAACACUGAGUAACACUUUGCGAGGAAGGUUCAGAAAAUACCGUGUGAAACCCAUCUAUUUGUUUCUCUUCAGUGAUUUGUUGGUCGUCACGAAAAAGAAAACUGAUUUUUUGUACAGCGUUAUUGACUACGCGAAAAGAAACAUGAUCAGAAUACAAGAAUCCACUUCAAAGGCGACAAACGCGUUUGUUUUGGUUUUUCUUGAAAAUUUUGAGAAGAAAACGAAAGAGCUGAACGUGCGAGCCGAUAAUGAGACGGAUUUGACUCGGUGGAAAGAAGCAUUUGAACCACCAUCAACUACGACAGAUGAUGAGAAAAUAUAUGAGACGUGGGAUUGUCCGCAAGUGCAGGCGGUACAUGACUAUCAAGCUCAACAAUCAGAUGAACUCAGUCUUGUACCUGGGGAUGUCGUAAAUGUCCUAAGGAAACUUUCUGAUGGUUGGUAUGAAGGUGAACGUAUCCGUGAUGGCGUGUGCGGAUGGUUUCCCGCCAAUCACACGGAAGAAAUUCGUAACGAGCAUGUUCGCGCCAGAAAUCUUCAUCAGAGAUACAGACUACUUGCUGCAUCCACUGCUUUUCUUGACACAAGGAAAAGGUGACGUCAUGAGGGCGUUUUUAUAGCCCAGUUACAUUUUGUCUGAGUAGUUUUUACGGUCACUGAUUUAUUGAAAUAUUGUUGAUAUAUAAAUAUGAUCCUUUGUAAUUUUAAUAUUUUUUAAUUUUGUAUAAUUGAAUCAGUCGCAGAGUUUAAAUUUCUAGUUUUAAUGCAAGAUUUGAAUAAUAUAUUUUUAUUGAUGUAAUUUUAAAUAUUUAGGACUGAAAUUUGUGAUCCAAUCUCGAUAUAUGUAAAAUAGAAAUGAAAUUCAUUAUUUUUCCAAGUCACGUUUAUACGUGAUUACGAGUUGAGAGGGAGCCAUAUCAGAGAAUUUUUUUAUGACAAAUUAUCUGACUUUUGAAGUACGAAAAAAGUGAAGUAUAUAUAUAAAACCAGACGUGGCCGUUUUAAUCGCAUUUUCCCACGUAGAUAACAUGUAAAAAAGGAAUUAAUGCCCAACAACUGUUAGUCCAUUUUAUUUCUGCAG